ACCCAGACUGUCACACCGAACCCUACAACAAAGUACAGCGAGAGGGGGAGUUGGUUUGCCAGAUGUACACGCCUACUACAAAGCAGCUAUUCUAGAGGCAGCAGUGAAACUGCAUACCCAUAAAGGAGUGUACCAAUGGGUGGACAUGGAAGUCGCCCACGCUGGUAAAACACCCUUGGUCGAUCUCUUGUGGACCCCCGCGACGUAUCGGCCCAAGGACAAAUCCCUCUUACCGACCACUAAACUAACCAUAUAUCACUGGGACAAGCUGCGUCAAAAACAUUACGAUACUCACAAAUUUCACCCUCGCACGCCAUUAACAGCACUAAAAGCAAUAUCACCUUGGCUCUCGCUACACUCAUGGGUCAAACUGGGAAUUACCCACAUAGAACAAGUCCUGCAAGGAGGUCUCAUUAAACCCUUCCCAGACCUACAAGAGGAAUUCAAACUCACUAAUUCCUCAGUGUUUCCAUACCUGCAACUUAAAAGUGUACUUCCCACACAUGUUACGCAGAGUCCACCGAGCAUUGACCCAGACUUAAAGGACAUAACAUCAUUAUACGACAG